AUGUCCGAAGAACUUGAUGAUGAUCUCAGCGAUGAUUUUUCUAUAUUGGAAAGCGAAGAAGAAGAAGAAAAUAGAAUCGGAUCCCCAAAAAAAGAUACUUUUGGAGUGACCGGCGUACCUUCAUUACUGGGAAGAUCUCCACCAAUUAUACCCAUCGAUUUCCUAAGGGUUAAUCAUCACAAUCAAUCUCACAACGUGUCCCACCUUCAUAUUAAUAACAAUAAUAAUCAUCAUCAUCAUCAAAAUCAUCCGAGAUUAGUUGUUAAAAAAAUAUUUACAAAUUCAAGAGAAAGAUGGCGGCAGCAAAAUGUAAGCGGUGCUUUUGCAGAAUUACGAAAACUCGUACCGACACAUCCACCAGAUAAAAAACUAUCGAAAAAUGAAAUUUUAAGAAUGGCCAUUAAGUAA